UUGAUUGUUGCACAUCUAUGGAUGACUGUGCCGCCGUAUCGGCGGAAACCGACAAUGUCAAGACAUCGGCUAUGAUAGACGCGGAGCACAAUGAUCAAAUGAGAUUUGAAGCCGAACUAGAAUUCGUCCAAUGUCUAGGCAAUCCGCAUUACCUCCAUUUUUUAGCUACCAGAGGAUAUUUUGAGGAUCGGCGCUUUAGAGCGUACAUAUCUUACCUGCAAUACUUCAGGUUGCCGCAAUACAUACAAUACGUCAAGUACCCAUAUUGCAUUCGCAUUUUGGAGUUGUUGCUCGACGAUUCCUUUGUACAAUCUUUGUCUAACCAAAUGGCAAUAGAUGCGAUCGAACACCAACUUAUGGCACAUUGGAUAUGUUUCAAACACGAAAGGCAUUAAUUCGAGAUUCCUUGUUGUAUACA